AUGCCGGCGGUCGGACUGAUGUUGGACCCGUUUCAGGAGGGGGAAGAUCUCGAUUUCGGAAUCGAAGCGGCCAUCAAAAUUGGCUACCGAUUAAUCGAUUGCACGCAUAGGAAUUUAAACUAUCGAAAAGUCGGAAAUGUGUUUCACUCUAUCCUUAACAGAAAAAUUGUCCAAGUUUGUGCCUGAAGGCCUAAUAUUUCCGAAUUCCCUUAAUUUUCAGAGAGAAGAGCUUUUCAUCAUUGCCUCCUAUAACAACGCGGCCUAUCGGAAACUGGAAGCAGCUGAGAGAAUGGAGCGAAUGAUUCGAGAUCUCCAAUGCGAAUAUGUGAAUGUGGUCAUGAUCGAUCGUCCCGCAGAGUUCGACGAGACGAUCAGCGAUGGAAAAGGGCCACGUGUUGAUGUGAACGUGGCGGUGCUCAGUGAUUACGAAUUGAUGGCGAGGCCGAUCAAGAAGGCGUUCGUGCAGCUCGACUGUGAAAUUGUCGACGAAACCGUGCUCGCCGUCGGGCUGAACGGAUUCUCGAAGGAGGAAAUCCGCAAAAUCCGCGACUAUUUCGAUCCAGCCGUCGUCAAAUUGGACAUUUCUCCCUAUUUUCAAGAGAAAGAAAUUCGCGAAUAUUGCGAGAGACUCGGAAUUAUCGUCAUCGGAUACACGUCAGACGUCGAGAGGGAGAUACCCCAGGGCAUUCAGGUUCCGCCCCCGAUUCUCGAGAAUCCCAUCGUUUUGUCGGCGGCGUUUGAUGUUCAGCGUAGCCCGAGGCAGGUCGUUUUCAGAUGGUUUUUGGACAAUGCAAUGGCCAUUGUGAGCAGACAUGGAUCGCGCAGUAAGGAAACAUUUAGUCGGCAAUGCUAACUCAUUUUCAGAAAAACUGUGCGAUAUUCUGGAGAUUCAAAACUUCCACCUAUAUCCAAGUCACAUGCACGAAUUCGACGGAAUGGACGUGCUGACCUACUCCAACUCUUUCCAAGUUUUACGUGCGUCUCAACUGUGUCUUAACAUCUAAAAUGUAGUAUUUCAGAGAAUGCGCGCAACGGAGUCAUCCAAAUCCCAAAUUUGAGAAUGAAAAACGGCCGGUCGAUCCCUCAGCUGGGACUUGCCACGUGGCAUCACGUCGCCGAAACGUCGUGCAUCGACGAGAGGCGCGGCCUUGCACUGGCCCUUGAAUCGGGCUUCCGACACAUUGAUUGCGCGCAGGUCUACGCCAAUUUGAAGGAUAUCGGACACAUUUUGCAGAAAUUCCUCAGAAGCGGUCAUUCGGUAGCGGAUUGUUGUGAAUUCCUCUUGAAUUCCGGGCUUUUUUUCAGCGCGAAGAGCUAUUCAUCACGUCGAAAGUGUGGAACACAUACCAUUCGUACGACAGGUGCAUCGAAGCGGUCGACGAGAGUUUGGCCGAUUUGCAACUGGACUACCUCGACCUGAUGCUCAUCCACUGGCCGUACGGAAUGAAAGAGGACGGCGGGAUGCGAACGACCGAGUACUCGAAAAUCGAUUACCUCGAAACGUGGAAGGCGCUCGAACAGUGUGUGGUGGAAGGAAAAGUGCGCACGAUCGGAGUGUGCAACUUCAAUCAGAAACAGCUGGAACGCCUUCUCGAGCACGCCAUCAUCUAUCCGUGCGUCGUGCAGGCCGAGCUCUCCGUCUCCUUCAAGAGAAGCCUUCCGAUUCUGCACUGGUGCCGCGAGAGGGACAUUGUCUUCGAAGCGAUGUGGCCGUUCGGCAAAGAGAGCACGGAGAAAACGACGACGCCGGGAGUGAACGAGAUGCAGAUUCUGAAGGAGAUGAGCGCACAGAUGCACAAGGUUACUCUUUCUUGUUUGCCCAAAAUUUAAAAAAAAAUUAUUUUCAGACUCCACGCCAAAUCGCGAUCCGCUGGCUUCUGGAAAAAGGCGCCGUCGUACUGCCACGUGGAUACAAGCUCGGUAAGAACUUGAACCAGAAUGCCGAAUCGGUUCAAGCGUAUUGCAGAAGAGCAAAGCGAUUAUUUGGACACGCUCAACUUCCGUCUCUCGCCGGAAGAUGCCAGAAUUCUGGACUCCACUACCAACUCAUAUCCGACGCUCAACGAUGGCGUAUUCAAUCAACACCAUCCACUCUGGCCGUAUUAA